AAGCAAGUGAUAGGGCUUGUGCAGUUCCCAGCAUGCACUGCGCGCUUCCCGGAAGCAAUGUGACAGGAAACACAUGUUGGUGUAGUAACUGCGUGAGUGUCGGAGGAGCGCAGCCCUCUCAGCCUGUACCAUGGUGAAAUCCAGCAGCGCCCUGUUGGCGCUUAUACACCAGCAUCUGCUGCAGGGCGGGUACCGCAAUGCGGCCAGAGAGCUGCAGAUAGAGAGUAGAGAGAAAUUCUCUUCACCAAAGAUAACUCUUAAUAAUAUCUACAAGAAGUGGCAUAAGAAAGCAAAGAAGCGGAAAGGCGGCAAACAGACUGACGCCCACGGCAAGAAGCAGCGAGUGCAGGAUACGGCUAGCUCGUCCGAAUCCUCUGACAAUGAGGAUAAGGCCCCUCAAAAAGAAGACAAAAAGCGUCCAGUGAAGAAGGCGGCUGAAGUAAAAACAGCAAGUGCUACAUCCAAAAAAAUGAAUUCCACCAAUCAAUCUGUAGCAAAAUUAAAGAGCACCCCCCAAAAAGCCACCCCUCCUCCUGUGAAACCUGUGGCUGUUGACACAAAAGCAGCUGCAAGUUCGACAGAAAGCAGCGACUCAUCAGACAGUGAGGAGGAGGCAGCGGUGGUUCCUCCGGUACAAGCAACCAUAAAACCCACCCCAGGAGCAGAAAAGAGUGCGAGUUCUGCCACUUCGGAGUCUGAGGAAGAACCCGCUAAACAAAUCAAGGCCGUACUUGCCAAAACUGCUGCCGCAAAGAAGCCUGCUGCCAGGAAACCUCGUAGUACAGCAACAUCCAAAGGGAAAGCUACAGUGAGGAACAAUGCAAGCAAGUCUUCUGAUGAGACAGACAUUGAUAAACCGGCUAAAGCAGCCAUGGGAGCGAGCAUCAGCGCAAGUAAAACUGCAGCCGUACUUACUGCCUCCCAGACUAGAUCUUCGCAAGGGAAGACCCCGACUCCAGCAAAGGCAUCGGCUUCUGAGAGCAGUGAUGACUCUGAUAGUGAGGAGGAGCCAGAGAACCAGAAGGUAGCCCCUGUGGUCCAGGCAACACCAAAGAAAAGUGCAACACCAGUAUCUCGGGCUAAGGCUGUUGCAUCCAAGGCUCCCAAGCCAGAAGCAACUGCUGUCUCCUCCAAACCUGCAGGAAGUGGAGAGUUGGGCAGCAAUAGCUCGGCGGUAAAGGUGCCCCAGAAUAUUGCUACUCCCGUCCGAUCAUACACGAGGAAUAAGCAACCGGUGACACCAAUUCCCUCAACACCUGCAGCUGGAAAGGCCAAAGCCCCACCGCAAGCACCCCAGCCAGCCGAUGAGAGUUCAGAGACUGAAUCGUCAGAUAGCGACAGCGAGCCGCUAACAAAGGUCAGUUCUGCUGCUCCGGUCAGGAAUUCCGCUCCAAACACACCAGUGCCAGCAGCUAAGCCAUCUGCACCAGCCAGCGCAAAUGCUCCAGAUUCCGAUGCUGAUUCAGAGAGCAGUGACUCCUCUGAUUCAGAAGAGAAGCAGCCUGCAGUAACCACUCCAAAACUGGCUACACCAAUAGUUGCUGGAAAAGGAAAGCCACAGGUUUCCGCAACCCCCGAACCACCUGUUGAGACCAGCUCAGAGGACAGUGACUCGGAUAGCGAUGAGGAGCCUGUAAAUACUGUUCCUGCCUCAGCACCUUCAGCAGGGAAGGCUAUACCUGGUAAAGGGUUAGCGGCGGCUAAACCUCAGUCAACAGACGGCUCAGAGACCAGUGAUUCCGGGGAGGCGGAGGCAGAACCUAAGCCUGUUAUAGCAACUCCAAAAUCCACAAUACCGGCCGCAGCUCCAAAGGCACAACCUCAAGUGUCCGCAGCACUCACGCCAGAUGAAGAGAGCAGCUCGGAGGACAGCGAAUCAGACAGCAGCGUGGAGCCGCUAAUUGGAUCCCAGCUUACUGGAACACCGAAGCCUAAAAUACCAGUUAUGUCCCUCCCUAAGAAGCUCUCAAUGCCUGCAGCUUCCCCGGCCAUUGACGCUAAAGAGAAGACUACAGCAUCAGGCACCGCAGCCCCAAAGUCCUCAUUUAAACCACGGCAGCCGACAAACCAGAAGACUGGUGCACCUGGUGCUUUGACGUCAAUUCUGUCCAAGAACACUGUAGCCAAAGGGAAAGCCUCUGUGCCCACAAAGACUGCGCCCGUUGGGAAGCUGGCACCAGCGGAUGACUCUGAGAGCAGCAGCACGGACAGUGAUGAUGAGGAAACGCUAAAGUGUGGAACUCCGCCUCCAAGUACUGUGAAGACGAAGGGUAAAGUAACCCCAACCCCCACGCCAUCCAGCGGCAGAACGGUGAAGGCCACAAGAAAAUCUCCUGAGAAGCCUGCAGUGAUGGCAAAAGUUGCAGCCAGCGUUGGGGCAAAAGAGGGGAAACGGCAGUCCGCUGUUAAGCCUUCACCGAUGAAGGCUCAGUCACCAGCCAAGACUCCUGUUGUGGCUAAACCACCCUCCGAGCAGAGUUCAGACACCUCUUCAGACAGUGAGGAAGAGGAGGAGCCUGCACAGAAACUACAGCUGCCAACAGUGCAGAAGACUGGUACAUUGGCGUCACCUCCAUCUAAGAUCACUGUAGCUAAAGGGAAAGCCUCUGUGCCCACAAAGACUCCGCCAGUUGGGAAUCUGGCACCAGCGGAUGACUCUGAGAGCAGCGACGCAGACAGCGAUGAGGAAAUUGCACAGGUUGUGACUCCACCGCCAAGUACAGUAACGAGAAAGGAGAGAAAAGCAGCUGCCAAGAUGGCAAAGACCGCCGCGCCAUCCAGCACCAGAAAAGUGAACAACACCAGCGCAAUUAAAAUGCCCGUCUCGGUGACGCAGGAGCCAGCUGUCGGCGCAAGCCAGCCCUCACAAGUGUCUCCUGUGAAGAAGACAAAAGCUUCAGCCAGCGUUGGGGCAAAGAAGGGAAAACCCGAGGCCGCUACUACUACUCCACCAGCCAUAACACCCCUUGUGGCUAAACCACCUGCAGAGAAUAGUUCUGACAGCUCUUCUUCAGGCAGUGAGGAGGAGGAGCCUGUUAAGUGUGGAACUCCGCCCCCAAGUACUGUGAAGACGAAGGGUAAAGUAACCCCAACCCCCACGCCAUCCAGCAGCAGAACGGUGAAGGCCACAAGAAAAUCUCCUGAGAAGCCUGCAGUGAUGGCAAAAGUUGGGGCAAAGGAGGGGAAACAGCAGUCCGCUGUUAAGCCUUCACCGAUGAAGGCUCAGUCACCAGCCAAGACUCCUGUUGUGGCUAAACCACCCUCCGAGCAGAGUUCAGACACCUCUUCAGACAGUGAGGAAGAGGAGGAGCCUGUACAGGUUGUGACUCCACCGCCAAGUACAGUAACGAGAAAGGAGAGAAAAGCAGCUGCCAAGAUGGCGAAGACCGCCGCGCCAUCCAGCGCCAGAAAAGUGAAGGACACCAGUGCAAUUAAAAUGCCUGUCUCAGUGACGCAGGAGCCAGCUGUCUGCGCAAGCCAGCCCUCACAAGUGUCUCCUGUGAAGAAGACAAAAGCUUCAGCCAGCGUUGGGGCAAAGAAGGGAAAACCUGAGGCCGCUACUACUACUCCACCAGCCAUAACACCCCUUGUGGCUAAACCACCUGCAGAGAAUAGUUCUGACAGCUCUUCUUCAGGCAGUGAGGAGGAGGAGCCUGUUAAGAACCUAGCGCACCCAACGAAGCAGAAGACUGGUGCAUUGGCGUCUCUUCUAUCUAAGAACACUGCAGCCACAGUGAAAGCCUCUGUGCCCACAAAGACUCCGCCAGUUGGGAAUCUGGCACCAGCGGAUGACUCGGAGAGCAGCGACGCAGACAGCGAUGAGGAAACAGCUCAGGUUGUAACGCCAGCAACACCAAGUACAGUAAAGACCAAGGAUAGAAAAGUAAUUGGCAAGAUAGCAAAGACCCCCACACCAUCCAGCCUCAAAUUAGAGAAGGCCACAAGCCCAAUUAAAAUGCUGGUCAAAUUCAAGCAGGAGCCUGCUGACUACCCUGAAAAGUCUGCUAUAAAGGCUGCAAAGAAGGAAGAGGCUCCCACACCGGCUGCCGUAAAGCCGGCGCGAGGGAAACGGGCCAGAAACUUGGCUAAGAUUCCGGAGUCCUCUCUCCCUGCCACCAGGCAGUCCAAGGCCAAAGCUACGGCUAAAGCACCAGUCAGCCAGACUGUAGCUGUCAGCUCAAGCGACGACUCGGACAGUGAGGAAGAUUCUGUGGAGAAGCCUGCAGCAGCCACCCCAAAGCUUGCAGCUCCGGCUAGUGUCAGUACGGAGAGCAGCUCAGAGGACAGCGAGUCCAGCAGUGAAGAGGAACCUGUGAGACCGGCAAAAGCUGCAGCCAGCGUUGCACCACAGAAGGGGAAACGGCAGUCCGCUGCUAAGCCUACACCGAUGAAGGCUCCUUCACCAGCCAAAAUUCCUGUCAUAGCUAAACCACCAGCAGAGGAGAGCUCCGAAGCUGCUUCUUCAGACAGUGAGGAGGAGGAGUCUCUUCAGACGCCAACUUUGCCCCAGAAAAUCCUGAGUCCUGGGAAAGUGCAGCAAAGUGCAGCCAGCUCAUCGCAGAAGAGUGCAGCUAGUUCUGCUCCAGCUACUUCUCAGUCACAGGCCAAGGACAGUGACUCAUCCGACACAGAGUCAUCGGCCAGUGACGAUGACCCAGAAGUACAGAUCAAAUUGCCAAUCGUCGGAACUCUGAAGUCUGCUAUGAAACCUGUUGGUAAACUGCCGAGAGUAGGAGUAGCUGUGCCCCAGACACCGGUGAAAGUGGUCUGUCCUGCAACUGACAAGAGUGGCAGCGAGUUGGAGAAUUCCCAGCGUCUCUUCGAAGAGCCAGCCCCUUCAAAAAGCACCCCAAAGAAACGGAAAACUGCCUCACAGGUGGAAAACAAAUUGGCUUCAAUUGCUGAGAAACCAGGGAAGGCAAAGAAACAGAAGACUGAGUCCAAAAGGCACGUCCAGGCUAUCGCAGCUCCUCCGGCUGCGCAGAACACUUCAGGAGCAAUGCUGGAAUCUGAAGAAGAGACUGUUUUAGCUCUCUUGGAAGGGAGGAACCCAAAGAAGAACAAGACAGGGAAAAAGUCCUCCAAGAAGAAAACUGGUGAAGGUCCACUAGCCGAAUUAACAAUCCCAGAACAGGCUAAUAACACGAGUCUGACUUCCUCCCUGUGGGUCCCCGACACCCCAAACUCUGUCGAUCAGGGGGACAUGAAGUCUCCGUCUGCACAGAAAAUUGCUCAGCCACCUGCCGAGAAUGUGAAGAGUGGCAAGAAGCGCAAGCUCUCACCUGAGGAUGACUUAGCCAAGCAGGAGGCAAAACUCGCUAAGAAGGCGAAAAAGGAGAAGAAAGAGAAGAAACAUAAGGCUGGCGCGGAGGGAGGGACUAAAACCCCAAAAUCCAAAUCCUCAAAGAAGGACAAAAAAAAAUCUGAAAAAAAGAAAGCAAAGAAAAAAAAAGACUCUAAAGAAAAGAAACCUAAGAAGGAUAAGAAAGUAACACCAAUUGUAACUGGGCCAGUUGUGGAGUCCACGGAUUCGGGGAUCAGCCUUCUGUCAAAACCUAAGAAAAAGAAGAAGGUUAAAGCUGACAAAGAUUCAUUGAAGACCUCAUAAAGAGGAGUGAAGACGUACAAGCCAUUUAUGUUUUCUGUGAAUAUUUAUGUUGGAGUCCUCAUGGCAAGGAGAGAGAAAUUACAAAAUGCGUUUGGGGUGUUUUUUUGUUUGUUUUUUAAAGUCUUAACUGUGACCAUCUUUUUACAGUUUUAGAAGACUUUAAUCUGGACGAGGCAUUUAAGAUGUAAUUAUGGCCUAUUUUCUGGGUGUACCUGGAAUUAAAAUAUUAUAUUUAUAAAUACGGAAAUGAACAACACCGCUUGUAAGCAGGUCCCCUGCCUUGUGAAUUGAAAUAUCUGGGUUUAUUUUAAACCUGUGUAAAUUACUUUUAUACUUUUUACGUAGUUUUACUUUUUUCUUUGUGCUUGGGACUUGUGUCUAUUAUUAUGGUUGAAUAUGAUGGCAAAAGUAGCUGUUGCACUAUACUGUUUACAAAACCUCUGUACAUUAAAUGCAAUUAUGGUAUGAUUUCA